UUUCAAACACUCAAAGAUAAACUUCAGAAGAGACCCACGCUGAACAGAAUGUUCGCUUCGACGUCACAACGAAACGAUGAUGGUUUGCGGGCAUCUUACAAUACCUCGCUACUUAUAGCAAAAUCCGGAAAAUCGCAUACUAUCGGAGAGAAGUUAAUUUUGCCAGCCGUUGAAGAGGUUUUAAAAAUUGUUUUACACAAACCUGCAUCUGAUAUCAUUAAAAGAAUUCCCUUAAGCAACAAUACUGUUGAAAGACGUAUUGAUGAAAUGAGUUCUGAUAUUGAAAGCUUCUUGUGUAAUUAUUUGCAAACAACCCAUUUCUCUAUACAACUGGACGAGUCAACUUUACCUGGUAAUGCAGCAUUAUUAUUGGCAUAUGUUCGUUUCAUUAUGAAUCAAGAAAUCUACGAAGAACUGCUCUUCGCAAGAACUUUAACAACCGACACUAAAGGUGAAUCAAUAUUUCAUGUUUUGAAGGAUUACUUCAUUGAAAAAGCAAUUCCUUUAUCAAAUAUAAUAUCAGUAGCUACAGAUGGAGCACCUGCCAUGGUUGGAUGUUAUCGUGGUUUUAUAAGCUAUUUCCCCAAUUUGUCACAGACAAACUGCCAGGAAGACGACGUUUCAACCUACGUUCAACAUUUAAAUGCCCUCUAUUCUUAUUUUGAAACUAGGUUUGAAGACGUUUUGACUAUGGUAAUACCACCGUGGAUAAUUAGCCCAUAUGGUGACAUAGAAGAAACGAAUGUCAUAAUACAAGAGGAACUGAUUGAACUAAGUACAAACGAAGAACUUAAGGUUUAGUUUAAAAACGGAUAUCAGCAAUUCUGGCUGCAAAACAACAUACGUUCCGUUACUUAUCCCGUAUUAUGGAAUAUAGCGAGGAAAUUUUUAAUUUCCUUUCCAUCGUCAUACCUAGUGGAAAGGGGAUUCAACGCUGUUAUGAAUCUCCUAAAAAAAAGAAACAGACUGGACAUCAUUAGCCGAGGAGAUUUAAGGUUAAACCUUGCAAAAUUGACGCCUAAUAUUGAUAAUUUAUUAUUAAAGCAUCAGGUUCAUCCUUCUCACUAA